ACGAGCAGAGGCGUCGUUGUAAAAUGUUAAGCUUUGUGUUCGCGGGCAUCGUCCUGCUGCUGACGGCCGCCGUCCUCUACAUCCGAAGUCGGCAUCGCUUUUGGACCGAUCGUGGUAUCCCGUGUGCUCCAAAUCCGAAAUUUUUGUUCGGUCACGUCAAAGGUCAAGUCACCGACACGCAUGCCGCCUACGUGAACCAGGGACUGUACCAGCACUUCAAGUCCCGCGGGGAGCCAUUCGGUGGGUUCAGCUUCUUUGCCGUACCGGCGGUGAUGGUUGUCGAUCCGGAAUUGGUCAAGACCAUUCUGGUGCGCGAUUUCAACGUUUUCCAUGAUCGUGGGAUUUUCAACAAUCCAAAAGAUGAUCCACUGUCGGGACAGUUGUUUCUGCUGGAGGGAUUGCAGUGGAGGGUACUGAGGCAGAUGCUGACGCCGACGUUCACGUCCGGACGAAUGAAGGUCAUGUUCGGAACGAUUUUGGAUGUGGCGGAAGAGCUGCGGCAGUAUAUGGUGCAGAAUCACGAGCGGGAACCGGUGGUGGAGAUGAAGGAAGUGCUGGCGCGAUUUACAACCGAUGUCAUAGGGACGUGUGCCUUUGGAAUCGAGUGCAAUACGAUGAAAAAUCCAGAUUCGGACUUUUUGAAGUAUGGAAAGAAGGUUUUCGAGCAGAACUUGUUUUCGAUCGUGAAGUUUAUAUUUGCGUCACUGUUCAAGGAUUUGAGCAGAACUUUGGGAAUUAAGUUGACCGAUCCGGGAGUGGAGAAGUUCUUCAUGGGAUUGAUUCGGGAGACGGUGGAGUUCCGGGAGAAGAACAAUGUGAAGAGGAAUGAUUUUAUGAACUUGCUUCUGCAGCUUAAGAAUAAGGGCCGGUUGGAGGACAUGGUAGAAGAAAAAGAGGAGCUUGGCAAAAGGGGUUUGACGAUGGAUGAACUGGCUGCGCAGUGUUUUGUGUUUUUCAUUGCUGGCUAUGAGACAUCGUCGACGACGAUGAACUUCUGUCUUUAUGAGCUUGCGAAAAAUGUGGACAUCCAGGAUCGUUUGAGGGAAGACAUCCAGGAGGCGGUUGCUGCAAAUGGUGGGCGAGUAACGUACGAAAUGGUGAUGGGACUUCCAUAUUUGGAUAAUGUUAUAAACGAAACCCUAAGGAAGUAUCCACCUAUUGAAAGUCUGUCCCGCGUGCCAACCUCGGACUACACGGUGCCGGGAACGAGCCACGUCCUUCCGAAGGAUACCAUGACUGCGAUUCCCGUGUACGCAUUGCAUCACGAUCCGGAGUUCUACCCGGAACCGGAAGUUUUCGAUCCGGAUCGAUUCCUUCCGGAGGCGGUCCAAUCACGUCAUCCUUACGUGUUUCUUCCCUUUGGGGAAGGUCCCCGCAAUUGCAUAGGCCUUCGGUUCGGCAUUAUGCAGACCAAAAUUGGAUUGAUCACGGUGCUGCGCAACUUUAGGUUUUCCCCUUCACCGAAGACACCCGAGUCGUUGGUUUUCGAUGUGAAGUCGUUCGUGUUAUCACCGGAGGGUGGCAAUUACUUGCGAUACGAUAUAAUUUGAGUAAUAUCGAUCAAGU